AUGAAUACAGUUUUGGGACUUUCUUGCAUAUGCAGUGUUGAAAAAUUUCUGUGCCUGUACACAAAGUCGAGUACUUUGGGAUUUUGUGGGGAAAAUUUGACUGUGACGAAGAGUUGUGGGAUUUUCUGUUCCUUUUCCAUUAUGCCAACUUCUUGGUCGGAUGCAACUGACAAAGCCCCUACCAAAAACGGCUCUGGGGCAAAUUUCCAUGCUUCUCGAACAUCUACGUACGUCCCACCCCAUCUCAGGAACAAUCCUCCUGCAGCAGACCCCCCAUCAGCUCCAAUUUCCUAUGCUGGCAGUGUUUUUCAUCCUGUGGGGGCUAGGAAAGAUAGAAAUGAACCAGCGUUUGGGGAGCAGGAAAACACUGGAAUCAAUUUCAAUGCAUAUGAGGAUAUUCCGGUGGAGACAAGCGGAAUGGAUGUGCCCUCACCGGUGAAUAUAUUUGCGGAUAUCGAUCUGGGUGAAGCUCUGAAUCUAAACAUUAGGAAGUGCAAGUAUGUGAAGCCGACCCCUGUGCAGAGGUAUGCUAUACCGAUAGCACUUUCUGGCCGGGACUUGAUGGCCUGUGCCCAGACUGGCUCUGGAAAGACGGCUGCAUUUUGCUUCCCGAUAAUUAGUGGAAUCAUGAAAAGCAGUCAAUCUGGUCUGAGACCACCGCGCAUGCCGCGGACGGCUUUUCUGUUUGCUCUUAUUCUUUCUCCCACACGGGAGCUUUCGAUGCAAAUCCAUGAAGAAGCGAGGAAGUUUGCGUAUCAAACUGGUGUCAAGGUGGUUGUUGCUUAUGGUGGUGCUCCUAUCAAUAUGCAGUUUGUUGCAUAUCUGCUGCUGCCUACAUUUAGCUGCAUUGCACUAUUAUUUGCUCUGCUCAAGAAUUCAUCUGUAAUUUUGGAUACUUGCUUGUUUUGGCAGCUUCGAGAACUUGAAAGAGGCGUGGACAUACUUGUUGCAACUCCUGGACGGUUAGUUGAUGUUGGAAAGAGCCAGAGUCUCGUUGCAAAUGAUCAGCCCCAAAUAAGGAGAAUUGUGCAACAGAUGGACAUGCCUCCGGCUGGUGUACGACAGACAUUGCUAUUUAGCGCCACAUUUCCAAAGGAGAUUCAGAGGCUGGCUGCAGAUUUUCUAUCAAAUUACGUGUUUCUGGCUGUUGGAAGGGUUGAAUCUAGCACCGACUUGAUUGCCCAAAGGGUUGAAUACGUGCUUGAGACUGACAAAAGAAGUCACCUGAUGGACCUUCUACAUGCACAGAGAUCAAAUGGUGUUCAGGCCAAAUCAAUGAUUAGUCUGUUUUUCUGGCCUGAUUUGCAGCAAGCUCUUACGCUUGUUUUUGUCGAGACAAAGAAGGGAGCUGAUUCACUCGAACACUGGCUUUGCAUCAAUGGAUUUCCUGCGACUUCCAUUCAUGGUGACAGGACACAACAGGAGAGAGUAUACGCUCUGAGAUCCUUCAAAACCGGGAAAACCCCAAUCCUGGUCGCGACUGAUGUGGCGGCACGUGGGCUCGACAUCCUGCAUGUGGGCCACGUCAUCAACUUUGACCUUCCAAACGAUAUCGACGAUUACGUGCACCGGAUUGGGCGAACGGGCCGGGCUGGCAAAACGGGCCUUGCCACUGCCUUCUUCAAUGAAAACAAUUCCUCUUUGGCAAGGCCAUUGGCUGACCUGAUGCAAGAGGCCAACCAGGAGAUGCCAGCCUGGCUCUCUCGUUUUGCUGCUCGGUCCACUUUUGGCCGGCGUGGAGGAAGAUUUGGCGGCAGAGACUUUUUUGCUCAUUCAAUAACAACAGUGGUUCGGGUGGUGGUUAUGGUUCUCCGGUGA